AGGAGGAGAGAGAAAAUUCAACAAGAGAAUUAAACAAGCAGGACUGGGGUAGAGAGUGAGAGAGAGUGAGACAGAGAAAGAGAGAGAGAGUGAGGAAAAGAGGGAAGGAACUGAAAAACAGGAGAAAAGUGAACUGCGUCCACUACCAGGGGAAAAUGAUGACCGGUGCAUUGUACCUGCUGCUGGCCGUCUGUCUCCACAUCAGGCCGUUAAGUGGAGGUCUGCUGAAGUUGGAGGGUGAGCUGGAGGGCAGCACUGUGAUCAGUCACUCUCAGGGUUUGGUGGGCCGCCUGGAGACCCUCCUCCUCCAGGGGAACAGCAGUGACGUGUCCCUGCGUGUGGAGACGGCGGACGGCGACGAGGUGAAGCUGAUCCAGGCCCACGCUUUGGUUCUGUCCCUACAGAGCCCAGCAUUCAACCGCAUGCUGCAGACCCGCAACAGCAGCACACUGGUCCUGCAGGAGAAUGCAGACUGCGUGGCCGUCUUCGAGAAGUUCAUCAGGUACCUGUACUGCGGUGAACUCUCCUUACGCUUGGACCAAGCUACAUCUCUGCACAAGCUGGCCACCAAAUACGGUGUCUCAGAUCUCCAGCAGGGACUGACCGAAUACAUGAGCCAGAACCUGGCCGGCGCCUCAGCAAGCGGUCAUGUGGUGGGAUGGUACGAGUAUGCUGUGGCGGCAGGGGAUGAGGGUCUGAAGACCACCUGCUUGCAGUUCCUGUCAUGGAACCUGUCAUCUGUCCUACGGAGUGCACAGUGGCCAUCAGUCAGUGCAGAGCUGCUCCUGGCACUGCUGCGGCGCUCUGAUCUGGUGCUUCAGAGUGAGCUGGAGCUGUUCGAGGGCUUGGAAGCCUGGCUGAUCCAGAACGAUCCAGACAGCUUGACUGUGGAAAAUGCUCUCCGGGCGGUGCGCUAUGCCAUGAUACCACCGCUGGAGCUUUUCCGCCUGCAGCGCUACUCACCCAUCCUGGGUCGCUACCAUGAGUCGGUGCGGGACCUUCUCUAUCUGUCCUUCCAGUUCCACUCGGCUUCCCCGAUGCAGCUGGCCAAGUUCUUCGAUGUCAACUGCAGCCUGUUUGUGCCACGGAAUUACUUAGUAGCAUCCUGGGGUACAUCCUGGGUUGUCAACAACCCGGUGCGGGAUGAUCGCAGCACCAGCUUUCAGACCCAGCUGGGUCCCAGUGGCCAUGACGAAGGAAAGCGGGUGACGUGGAAUGCUUUGUUUUCACCGCGCUGGCUCCCGCUUAGCUUGAGGCCCAUGUACAAUGAGCAGGGUGCCAUGCACCAGUCCCAGGCUGCGCAGCCACCCAUGAGUGCUGCUCGCCCACGCAUCAUCAUCACUCCUACCACAUCCAGUGCCGAGUUUGCAGGUGUCAGCUUCCAGAAGACUGUGAUUGUGUCCACCAGGCAGCAGGGCCAGCUGGUGGUGCGCCACAUCUACAACUUCCACCAAAGCACAGAGGAGGCUGGGGACUUCCUAGCUGGAGCUGACCUGCAACAGCGCACCUCUGAAUACUUAACAGAGGGGUCCCUGCACCUGCAUGUCAUCAUCAAACCCCUUUAUCAGACACUCAUCGCCAUUAAAAAGUAA